UCUGGGGGUGGGGUGGGGCUAAGGAAGUUGAAAGAAUUCUAUCUGUGACAGGGAGAGGAAUGCGGGCUGGGUGGGCGUUUAGGUCCAAACUCCAGCCGCCGACUGGCAGCGUGGACUUGAGAGGAGCAUGCCUCGGCCGUACAUUUGCCUGCUAGCGGCUGUGCUGCUGCUAGGUAUUGCCGCCGUCUCCAGGUCGAAGGGCCUGCUGGGCAAGGAGCAUGAGAGGACGCCGCGAAUCACUUCUCAUUUCAGCCAAAAGGAGCGCGUCACGAUGAAGGAGGCGCUGAAAGGUGCCAUCCAGAUUCCAACAGUGUCCUUCAGCUCCAAGGAGCUCAACACGACAGCCCUGACUGAAUUUGGAAGAUACAUUCGUAAAGUCUUUCCUACUGUGUUCCAGACCAGCUUUAUCCAGCAUGAAGUUGUGGGAGAGUACAGCCACCUGUUCAUGGUCCAAGGCUCAGACCCCAGCUUGCAGCCCUACAUGCUCCUCGCUCACAUAGACGUGGUACCUGCCCCUGACGAAGGCUGGGACGUGCCCCCAUUCUCCGGGUUGGAGCGUGAUGGCUUCAUCUAUGGUCGAGGCACACUGGACAACAAAAACUCUCUUAUGGCAAUCAUGCAGGCGUUGGAGCUUCUGCUGAUCAGAAACUACAUACCCCGAAGACCUUUCUUCAUUGCUCUGGGCCAUGAUGAAGAGGUGUCAGGGGUAAACGGGGCUCAGAAGAUCUCAGCCCUGCUGCAGGCAAGGGGCAUCCAGCUGGCCUUCAUCGUGGAUGAGGGGAGCUUCAUCUUGGACGGUUUCAUUCCCAAUCUCAAGAAGCCCUUUGCCAUGAUUUCCGUCUCUGAGAAGGGUGCGAUGAACCUCAUGCUGCAAGUGAACAUGACUCCAGGCCACUCUUCAGCUCCUCCCAAGGAGACAAGCAUUGGCAUCCUCUCCGCCGCUGUCAGCCGACUGGAGCAGACACCGAUGCCCAACAUGUUUGGAGACGGGCCGAUGAAGAUGGCUUUGCAGCAACUGGCAAAUGAGUUUCCCUUCCCCGCCAAUAUAAUUUUGAGCAACCUGUGGCUAUUUCGGCCCCUUGUAAGCAGGUGGAUGGAGAGAAAUGACAUAACCAAUGCACUGGUUAGGACCACCACGGCACUCACCAUGUUCAACGCGGGGGUCAAGGUGAAUGUCAUCCCCCCGGUGGCCCAGGCCAUAGUCAACUUACGAAUCGACCCCGCACAGACAGUCCAGGAGGUCCUAAAACUAGCCAAGGACAUUGUGGCUGAUGACCGGGUCCAGUUCCAGGUGUUGGAUGCCUUUGACCCCCUGCCGGUCAGCCCCUCUGACUAUCAGGCCUUGGGCUACCAGCUGCUCCGCCAGACCAUACACUCUGUCUUCCCGGAAAUCAACAUUGUUGUCCCAGGUAUUUGCAUCGGCAACACAGACAGCAGACACUAUACGAACCUCACCACUGGCAUCUACCGGUUCAACCCCAUCUACCUGCAGCCUCAGGGCUUCCGCAGGUGUGUGAGUGCAACAGCAUCCAUGGAAUCAACGAAAAGAUCUCAGUCCAAGCCUAUGAGACGCAGGUGAAAUUCAUCUUUGAGCUGAUCCAGAAUGCUGACGCAGACCGGAUGCCAGCUCCUCACCUGCACGAACUAUGAGGUCGGGGAGCCGGCUGGGUCAGGGAUGCCUGAGGCUGGGGCCAGGACUAACCCAAGGCGGAAAGCCAGUGUUGAUGAAACCUUGGGUCAUUAUAAUAACCUCGCCCACCUGCCUUGCUCACUCCUCAGACUCACCCAAGAGCAAGGCCAGGGGGAAGGGAGGGCCAGCAGGAAUCUGGUUUCUCCUUUCCACCCGAGGACUACAGCCAUCCACUGACUGGCAUUUACUGCCCUCUUGGCCCGAUCUUAGAAGGUACCUGGCUUGUCUGUCUUACACUGGUGAUUUAACUGCCCCUUGUUAAGGCCUGACUUAAAUGCAGAUUUUUAAAAUAUCAACCAGGUUUUACCUUUUACAAGUGUUUAAUUUAGGACAUACUUGUUAGGCUGUCUUCAUCAAUUAUAUAUUUCUUCUUACUGUAACUUCCUUUCCCUUUUUUGCCCCCACUCUCCUUGGGUUAUUUAGCUGACUUUUCAUCUCUCCUCUCCUGCCCCUACAUCCUUCCCCCUACCCUCUAAUUUGUUCUACCCCUGGAGCAGGACUUAGUCAAACUCUGCUACCAUAAUUACCCAAACAGUUGGUCAAAUAAAAUGAUCUAUGCAACA